AUGUCCGCCAUACUGCUAAAGCACUGCCGAGUUGAGGAAGGCACCUCAAAAGUGAUGCACGACGAACUGGAAUGUUCACCGACAGUGAAUCAGUCGAUCAAUACGGACUAUUCACAAGGAGUUGGUCAGUGGUUUUUACAGCGUUUUGAUGAACUCAAUGGGAGUGCAAUAAUUCACAGAGAGAGGAAUCGCUCCGUACGAUACACGCUGGAACGUGCUCAUCGCAGUGAAAAUAAUCCACACAGCGAAAGCAGUACCAGCAAGAGUCGGCGCGAUUAG